GUGCGGUCACCCUGUAUUGUGUUUAGGCAACUUUUGUUAGAAAUGUCAACAGAAGUUGAAACUUCGACUGCAUCUGAUAAAUUCUCGGCCAAUGCCGAAGAACUAGAAAGUUACUAUUUAAUGCUCGAAGCGGGCAACAUACCAGAACUCCAGUGGCAAUUCCCGGGCCGUCGUCCACCGUCGCCAGAUGCCAGCGCCGGCGUCAACAACAAAGAGCUGGAAGCAGCCACCGAAGCUGUUGAACAAGAGCCACAGAAGGCAAACGACUUUGAUUUCAGUGACGAUGUGGCGCCAACUCAAAUGCGUGUGCGCAGCCAGACUUCGACACCGAAAUCGGCGAAGAAGAAGACUGCCAACUUUGCCGGUGUUCUAGAGACGCUUAAGAAGAAGAAGACGGAAGGUUCCUAGCACACAAUUAAUCCAUAUAGCAUGCAGUUUAACUAGAUCCAAAAAGGAACUGGAAUUUCAAAAGAGACACAUUCAUUAGGACACUAGACACAAUUGUCUGUUUAUUAUUUUGUUUAUUUAUAUCAUAGUUAACAGUGCUAAUUAAUUUAAGCUCGUUUAAAAUUCUUAAUUUCAAUUGAAUCUUUUCCCGGCAAUCUAUCGUAUUUUUAAAUCUUUUCCACAUCAUAUAUUUUCGUCCCCUUAGAAUAACGAAUUUUUUGUAAAUAAUUAUAUUUAAGUAGUCUAUUUUUAACAUACAAUAGUUGUAUACACAAUAUAUUUAUGCAUUAUAUAUAUAAACCUUAACGUGUUUGUUCUUUUUAGUGAAUUCGACAUUUCUUAUCUGAAUUAUGUUCAUAGUACAUUAAUUGUUUGUUCAUAUCUAUUUUUCAUUUAUCUUUAAAUGGUGCUCAUUCCCUGCAAUUCAUUCGUAUAUCUCUCUCUCGCUUCCUCGUACUAUUCGCUAUCUCUUUCGGUUAUGUGUGAACAAUGCUAUUGCUUUUUUAAUGCAGUUGACUAUAAUUUCAAGAAAAUAAUUUUAUAGAAAAAAGAAGUUUAGAAAAU